CCAAUCAGAGGCAGAGCAUGUCGUUUGUAAAGUAGCUUCCGGCGGUUGUUUUUGUUAUCGUGCACCAUCGCGACUGUUUGUUUUCUAACUCAAGAUAACUUUCUAUAUAUAUUGAUUGAUCUAUCUCAGGUACUAAUGGAGGAGAGAAGCUGCUGCGUGUUAAACUGCCCCCGCACGUCUCGCGACCACAGCGGGAGUCACGCGGUCACGUUCCACGUGUUCCCGGCCUGGAGGAGACACGAGGGAGAGACGAUCUCUGUGCUCACGAGGAGCCGGAGGACGGCCUGGGUGUCUGCUGUGGGUCGCGAGGACAUCACGUUUAACCACGUUCCUUCCUCUGGUAGAGUCUGCUCCAGACACUUCUACUCAGGUAAACCCUCUUAUGAAGGACUGGAGUCGGAUCCAGACUGGGUUCCUUCACUGCUGAUGGGUCCCAGUGAGGGAACCACCGGACCCACCAAAGGUCUCCUCCAGUCUGUGCAUAGGGACCGAGACCAGGACCAGAGACGCUCCACAGAGACCAGAUCUUUAACUGAGACAGAGACAGCAGGAGGUGCAGAGUGUCCAGCGGUCCGUCCCUGGACAGAAGUCCGUCCUCUGCUGCAAUCCGUCCUGCAGCGUAAAACCGUCUUCAGCCACCCGCCUGCAUACGAGACUCGGGGACGAGCUGCUCCUGCUGUGAAGGAGACGCACCUGGACUUCAGAGAUUUCAUCCGAGACGCUCUGGAAGCGUCUCUGGAGGCCUCCAGCAGGUCCAGGAUCUCCGUGGAGCUGGACUCAGAGGGUCCCCCCAUGAAGGAGGUUCACCAGACCUGUGAGCAGUCCUCCUCCUGUGAGAACUGUGUCCGGCUGAUGAAGAGGAGCAUGGAGCUGCAGCAGAAGCUGAGUCGUCUCACAGGAGGACCGGAGGACGUGGAGGUCUUCACAGAGACCCUCCUCCAUCCAGACCAGGACCAGCAGAGUCCUGAGACGGUCCACGUAGAGGAGCAGGACCCUGCAGAAGAAGUACUGACACUGCUGGAGGAGGAGCCUGGGAGCCUCGUUAGUCCUUGUGAUUCAUCGUCGGAUGAUGAAGAGGAUCUCGUGCAUCCCGACAACACACAACACAGCAUUGACUCAGAUUACCGUCUCCAUCAUCGGAAAGUGAUGAGGAUUACCAUCCACCUCUUGCCAGUGUCCCAGGACCUUCAAGGGCCCCACAGCCAACACGUCACAGCUCCAGGAUUUUUGGAGCCCCAGCCGUUAACACCUCAGUCAGGCCCAGCAGCACUCCCCCCCCCACUCCACCUCUCUGGGAGCUUCUGCUCCAGCUACCAAGCGUGGAGAGAGUAGUUUGGCAUCUC